AUGACCCUCAGUUUUACGGCUUCUCCCCCGGAAACACCCGUCGCAGAUCUGACCCAUCGACACCUACACCCCGACCAUGCUAGCCGUCGAACUUCACUCAAAUCGUGCUAG